AUGGACAAACCGCCGAGCAUGGCAUCCGACGACAAGGACAAAUCCAACCUCCCCAAAUUCCUCCAGGCCAUGGAGUCCAUCUAUGGACCUUUGCCACAAGCGACAGACCAGAAUCUCUCCGAAUGGGUACCUCCGCCGGCCGCCGAGGGCCAUCGAGGCCGCUAUCUCUGGACAGAUGGGUUCGCCGUCGUCAACUUCCUGACCCUGUAUCAGCUCACGAAGGAGGACCGCUACCUCACUUUUGCCCAGAACCUCAUCACCACCGUCCACAACAUCCUGGGGUACACGCGCAACGGCAAAUCUCGCCUGCCUGGCGCGACGGACCAGCACCCGCUGAAAGGUGGCCUCCGGAUCGGCAAACACGACGAAUCCGGCGACGAUGGCGAUGGCCAAUACUUCCACUAUCUCACCGUGUGGAUGUUCGCCCUCAACCGCAUGAGCCUGGUGAGUGGCAACAGAUGGUACAACGACCAAGCCAUCUCCAUGGCACAGGCUAUCCUGCCUCACUUCAUGUCCAACACCGAGUCGCACCGGCCCCGCAUGUUCUGGAAACUCAGUACGGAUCUCUCGCGGCCCCUCGUCCUGUCCGAGGGCAACCUCGACCCCGUUGACGGCUAUGUCACGUACAAGCUCCUGCAAUCCGCGAAUCCAGACGAUCCAGAGAUCCUGAGCGAGGAGGUGUCUCUCUUCAAGAAGAUCGUCGACAAGAAGCUCCGAGACUACGCCUCGGCGGACACAUUGGACCUGGGAAUGACGCUGUGGACGGCGCACUGGUCGACGCCCGAGGAGGAGUGGGCCAAAAACCUGACGUCCCGCGCCAUCGGCUGCGUCAAACAGCUCCUGGAGAACGACUACUUUGACCAGCCCGUGACCCAACGCCUUGCGUUCCGCGAAUUCGGGACCGCGCUCGGUAUCAAGGCCACGCUCUCCAGCAGGACCGACGAGGAGGGACUGUGCCGCGAGGACGAACUUGUCGACGCCGAGAUUCGCACUCUCCCCAGCCUGAUCUGUAGCACCUGGGAAGAAGCGGGCCUGGUGCCCGUGCCGACCAAGAAGAUGCAAGGGCGCAUGGCCGAGCUGAUGCCCAUCACGGCCGUCAUGUACGCGUCUGCGCUGAUUCCCGGGCUGAUGUGUAAACAAUCAUGA